GCAGUGGUUGUUAAUUUGUUAGUCCCUCCCGUCAUUUGUCUAAGGCUUGAUAGACUGAAUGCUUUCUCUUUGAAAUAAAUUUGCGUUUUUCACGGAAAAGCACAAAAAAUUCAAUUCCAGAGGAUUGGUUAUCUAGGACAAGAGCAAACAUGACUGCAUUAGCUUCGUCAACAUCAGUGGAAUUGAGCUCUUACAGAGAUCAACAUUUCAAGGGCUCUCGUGCUGAACAAGAUAGGUUACUUCGAAAUUCUUCAACUCUCUACGUCGGGAAUCUAUCAUUCUUCACGACCGAAGAACAAAUCUACGAAUUAUUUUCAAAAUGCGGUGAUAUUAAGAGAAUUGUCAUGGGAUUAGAUAAAUACAAAAAGACACCUUGUGGCUUCUGUUUCCUCGAGUAUUACGUGAGAGCUGAUGCUGAAAAUUGUAUGAGGUAUGUUAAUGGCACAAGACUCGAUGACAGAAUAAUUCGAACUGAUUGGGAUGCUGGAUUUAUGGAAGGACGGCAAUAUGGACGUGGAAAAACUGGUGGACAAGUUCGUGAUGAAUAUCGAUCAGAUUUCGAUGGUGGCAGAGGUGGCUAUGGUAAAAUUCUGCAACAAAAAGUCACUCCAAUGGGCGACGGAGGCUUCACAAGAUAAAACAUAUGAGGUUUUCGUCAUCCAUUCACACAGCACAAGAGAGUGGUUAAUUUCCGCCAACUGAUCCUCUUAAUGUAUAUUUUUUAUUCGUAAGUUCAUUUAGAUAAUCAUACUCGUUAUUCUCAUAUGAUUCAUCUCAUUCAUUGAAAAGCCAAUUGAUAAUUGGAUACAUCUUAUUAUCUAUUCAAUUGACAUUGUAACUGAGAAAACAAAAAUUGAAAUAAAAUUAUGGAAAAUAAA